UUCCGUUUCUUCAGAAAGUGKUGACUGUUCAGCAAGUUUAUGAUCCUUCCCAUAAAUGAAACCACUGACUGCUUCAGAGGACAGCAUCGAGCAAUAAGAGGUCAUUUUUAUAGGGGCAAAUCAACACAAGUAAAAUGACUUCACUCCGCUUCGCAGUACUCUGUGUUUUCCUCGGACCCAGCAGCUGUCAAAUUAAUUGCGUCCCAGAAACUGUUGAUGAGACAAAGUUUUCAGUCAACGUGACAGAACUCAUUAGAGUGGAGUCCAUCGACUGCAUCGAAAUCCCACACAAGGUGACAUUUCCACAAGACAAAGUGGCAGCCCCGUACAAAAAGAUGUUAUUUCAGGGUGAUCCGUCAAACGUCGUUGAUAAAAAAGUUGUCUACGAAGCAGAUUCUGACAAAGAAGAUUCGUUCCGGAUAAAAUAUCUUCCAUGUGGAGAAUAUGAUUAUGGCUUCAAACUGGAAUGGGGGUGUAAUCAAACUUACACUUUCCCAAAGAGAGUCCACAUCUCUGUUUUACCGAUAGCAACAAAGCCGACUGUUUUGGUUCCUCCUUUGACGGAGGAAAGCUCUGAGCUGACCUGCAGCGUUCCCAACCCGUGCUCUCAGGGACUCAGAGUUUACUGGAAAUGGACGAAGGCCGACGGACGAGCUACGGUACUCAGCGACUAUCGCUACGGGAGAUUUGAUCAGUUGAUUUUUGGAUACAGAUAUUCGUUGCGCAUUAAUCCCACAGCACAACAUCACAACACCAACAUCACAUGUGCGGCCGAAUACGACAACGACCGUACGGAAACAACGGUCACUUUGCACGUGAAAUUCAAACCUAAGAUCUCGAAUGACUCCCACUGCCUGGUUAAAGGCGAGCUGCUGGUCUGCGUGUGCAUCAGUGGGGGGAAUCCUCUACCACCGAUCUCCUGGCCUUCGGAAAACCUCACGGCUUUCUCAGUGACUAGCGUGAGGACGGCUCAGACAGUACGCAGCACUUUCACAAUGCCUGCGUCCGAAUACCGUAACGCCACUGUAAAAUGCGCCAGCAGCAAUGAACGCGGUCUGGCUGAAACCUCAAUUAUAAUCCAUAACUCUGGAGAGAGCGCGGAGCCAAACAGCAGGAGGAAGGGGAUGGAUUCAGCUCUUCCCUGGAUAGCUGGGCUGUGUUUCUCUCUCAACCUGGUCUUCAUUACCGCCCUGAUUUUCCUCAUUCGUCAAAGAAGGAACAAUACGCAGAAGCAACAGAGCGAAGAGAUAAACACUUACAUGUCUCUGAAAAAGGCAGACGUGGAGGAAGAAUACAGCGUCAUGUCCGCAAAACCCAAACGAAGCCCGCGAGUGUGAAGCUCUGGCCUUUUUUUUUUUUUUUUGCUACCGAGAUGCUUCAAGGCACAUGAGCAAAGAAAAUGUACAGCAGAUAAAUAUUCUAUCAAAAGCUUUUCAGUAAUAUUCGCGUUUAUGCAAUUCACGUUACAACCAGGCUUCUACGUGUUCCACAAGGAUUGUACGCGAUAGACCAAGAAAAAUAAAAUGAAAAGGAAAUGAUACAUGUUCAACAAAUUCAUAUCUACAAAGUGUGGUGCGAAAUUUUAUCCAGUUCCUUUUACUCUGAUGCUCCGAAAUGAAAUCCUGUCAAACAAACAGCCUUCAAAAUGUUUCAAGAGAUGUUUCACGUCAGCCUGUUUGUAGUUUCUGUGGAGCACCAGGCCUGACUCCAUGACAGCAUCAGAGGUUUGUUUUGAAAAAAACAGUAUGAUGGCUACUUCACGUGUUACACAAAAGUGAAUAAAUAUUAAGUCCUUAAUUAUAAUGAAUAGUAUUAAAAGUGAGGAACUGUUGAGCUGUUGUAAGAGUUCAUACUGAGUUUUUUUUUUUUUUUUUCAUCUGAUCUUCUCAGUAUCUCGUGUCAUACUCUCAUUUCACAUUGUCAUUGUGUAACAUAACUAUGGCGUAAUAUUCAUUCUGUAAUCUGUAGUUAAUUUCAUUGGUGUAAACUACUGUAAAUAAAGUGGAUGUCUGCACAUUU